AUGAUUCCAGAGCCUCACGGUGGUGCCUUACAAGACUUAGUUAUCAGAGAUGCUAAUAUUAAAGACGAUUUGUUGAAAAAAUCUGAAUCUUUAGAACAAGUUGUAUUAACUGACAGACAAUUAUGUGAUUUAGAAUUAAUCUUAAAUGGUGGUUUCAGUCCAUUAGACGGGUUUUUAAACGAAGACGACUAUAAUUCAGUGGUCAGUGAUAUGAGAUUAUCGUCUAAAGUCAACAAAGAAACUGGUAAAGGUUAUUUGUGGCCAAUCCCAAUUACUUUAGAUGUUAACGAAGCCGUUGCUUCAAGUUUCAAAAUCGGUCAAGAAAUUGUACUCAAAGAUUUAAGAGAUGACAAUAAGUUAGCCAUCUUAAAAAUCGAAUCUAUUUAUAAGCCAAACAAAGAAUUGGAAGCCAAAAAUGUAUUCAGAGGAGAUCCUGAACAUCCAGCUGUGAAAUACUUAUUUGAUACUGCUGGUGAUUAUUACAUUGGUGGUUCCCUUCAAGGUUUAAACUACCCAAAACACUAUGAUUAUAGUGACUUCAGAAAGAACCCAACUGCUUUGAGAUCAGAAUUUCACAAUAAUGGAUGGGCUGAUCACAAUAUAGUGGCUUUCCAAACCAGAAACCCUAUGCACAGAGCCCAUAGAGAAUUGACAAUCAGAGCUGCUCAAGAUUUAGGUGAAAAUGGACAUAUCUUGAUCCACCCUGUUGUCGGUUUGACCAAACCUGGUGAUAUUGAUCAUCACACUAGAGUUAAAGUUUACAAAACUAUUUUAACCAAAUUUCCGGAAAAUUUAGCUACUUUAUCAUUAUUACCUUUGGCCAUGAGAAUGGGUGGUGAUAAGGAAGCCUUGUGGCAUGCUUUGAUUCGUCAAAAUUAUGGUGUUGAUCACUUUAUUGUUGGUAGAGAUCACGCUGGUCCUGGUAAGAACUCACAAGGUGUUGACUUCUAUGGCCCUUAUGAUGCUCAAGACUUAUUGAAAAAUGUGGAAGGUGAAUUGAAAAUUAAAAUUGUUCCCUUCAGAAUGGUCACCUAUUUACCUGAUGAAGACAGAUAUGCUCCAAUUGAUACCAUAGAUUUGAAGACCGUCAAAACUGCAAAUAUUUCUGGUACCGAAUUGAGACAAAGAUUGAAGGAUGGCUCUGAAAUUCCAGAAUGGUUCAGUUACCCUGAAGUUGUCUCCAUCUUGAGAUCUACUAACCCACCAAGGUCCAAACAAGGUUUUGUUAUUGCUAUCAAUACUAAAAACACCGCCAAUAAAUCAGGUGAAUACUUGUCUUUUGCUUUACAAUCCGUGUUGAACGAAUUGAACAAAGACAGAAGAAUCACCAAAUUGGUCGAUUACAAUGACGACUACAUUGUCAACGAACUUGUCAAGGCUGGUACUGGUGUUAUCGCUUUGUCAUCCCAAGUUAACAAGAUUGUUGAUGCCAUUGGUCAAAGUAACUCAAUAAUUGUAAACAUCGAUAACAACCAAGAGCAAGGACAAUCAAGUGAUAAUGUUUUCAACUUGAACUCUAAUGAAAAAGAUUUAACCAAAUUUAUUCAAUCAAUCAUCGAUUACUUAGAACAACAAGGUUUCAUCAAAAACAACUGGUCAAUAGAUUUAAUUUAG